AAUGGGGCUGGCCAUCAGCCUGGUUGCCACCUGCAAGGAGAAGGUGUGGUACCACUCCAACUGCAGCUCCAAGGGACGUGGCUGCUACAACACCAACCUGACCGACCAGGGAGGAUGCUGUAUCUGGUACAACGAGCCACAGCUGCUGGCCGACAUCGAGGAGCAUCUGGACAUCACCAUAGAGCGGAUCAGUCCUGAAAUGAAGGUGCCCAUCAACGAGUUCGACGGCAAGGUCGUCUACGGAGAGCGGCGAAAGGCUGGAGGUAGUGUGUACAAGGGGCACAUCGACCUCCUGGCGCCCACGGUGGCCGAGCUGACCCAGCUGGAGAAAAAGGCACAGACGACCUUCAUUGACCUCAAGUACAAGAAGAAGUUUGCUGCCCGCCAGUAG